AUGGCCUCCUCAGCACACAUGAACCCCUACGACAACUACGAGUCCACCCGCAUCUCCGCCGACAUCAUCGACCCCGACGACCUAGACAUCAACGACCUCGACGACCCCCUCGACAACCCCACCACCCCGCUCAACCCGUCCGCCCUCACCUCCGCCAUCCCCGGCGAGGACCGCCGCGCGCCCACAAACACCCUCGACGAGUCCGUGUGGGACACGCUCUCGCGCGACAUCCUCGCCGUGUGGGCCAAGAUGAAGGCCGUCCUGUACCCCAAGUUCACGUUCAAGCGCUGGCCCGACGCCAACGACGUGCUCGAGUCCGGCGGCAGCGGGGGCAGCAGGGUGCUGGGCGAGUGGGACCUGUGGGGCCCGCUCGUGUUCUGCCUGGCGCUCAGCACGCUGCUGAGUAUGGCGGCGGCCGCGGAGCAGAAGACGCAGGUGUUUGCGGGCGUGUUUGCGAUGGUGUGGGUUGGGGAGGCGGUGGUGACGGCGCAGAUUAAGCUGCUGGGCGGGAACAUUUCGUUUUUCUCAUCCGUCUCGAUCAUCGGGUACACGCUCUUCCCCGUCGUGAUCUGCGCGCUGCUGUCGGCGCUGCACGUGCCGUCGGUGGUGCGCGUGCCCGUGUAUGCGGCGUGCUUCCUGUGGUCGCUGGCGGCGGGGGUGAGCAUUCUCGGCGGCAGCGGGGUCGUGAGGAAUCGCGUGGGGCUGGCGGUGUUUCCGUUGGGCGUGUUUUACGGAGGCUUGGUGUGCUUGUGCUUGGUUAGCUAG